UCUACAGCGCAUUCUAAUAUUAUUGUUGCAACAAAAUAACUGAUUCUGUCGUAAACUUCAGUCGUAAAGCGUUUCAAUUGUCGUUAACAGGGCGAUGGCAGCGUCUUCUUCAUCGUCUUCUGCCGGAGGUGUGAGCGGCAGCUCAGUGACUGGCUCUGGAUUUAGUGCUUCAGAGCUCAUCCCACCAAGGAAAGUCCUGUAUACUUACCCUAAAGGCGCAGGUGAAAUGAUGGAAGAUGGCUCGGACAGAUUUUUAUGCGAGUCUGUUUUUAGCUACCAAGUGGCCUCCACCUUGAAGCAGGUUAAACAUGAUCAGCAAGUGUCUCGAAUGGAGAAAUUGGCAAGUUUAGUGGAGGAGCUGGAAGCAGAUGAGUGGCGUUACAAACCGAUUGAACAACUGUUAGGAUUUACGCCGUCAUAAGUCAAAAUGAACAAAUGCCAUUAUGUCAUUAUAAGUUGUUUUUUUUUAUGUUUUUUUUAAGCUUGCCCCAGUAUUUUUAAGUCUAAUGCAGUACAUUUUUUCUUCUGCUUGUAAGUUUGGAAACAUUUUUAAAUUUACUCUGUUUCAUUUUGUCUAAGCCAAUAAAGAGUCUAACAGUCCAACCUUCUCUGUGGCCUCUGGCAAAAAAAAAAUGUACAAAAGCAACAGAUCCGUUUUAGAGAGGUGUUUUUCCACGUUGCAGCUCUGUAACUUUUACAUCUAAAAACCUCAAGUGUGCUUAAGCUGUACUCUGAGUGUAUUUUAAUCAUCAGCCCUUGGGGAAAACAAAGUUUGCAAUCCUCCAAUUUGUGUGUUUAAUGGAUUGUUUUUUUAAAUUUGUUUUCACUCUGCUGUUCGUUUGUAUAACAUUGUAAAAAGACGAAUAAAUCGAAUCUCUUCACGCACA